GAGGGAGAGGUGCGGAUCAUCUCGGUCUCUCAGUGUCAGUCUUACUUCAACAUGAAGACCAUCACGUCACGCAUGCUUUGUGCCGGAUACGAAGCGGGAACCAUCGACUCAUGCAUGGGUGACAGUGGUGGUCCGCUGGUCUGCGAGGAGGGCGACGGCCGCUGGUCUCUGUACGGUUUGACCUCCUGGGGGUCUGUGUGUUUCUCUAAGGUCCUGGGACCUGGCGUCUACGCCAAUGUGACGCACUUCACCGAGUGGAUCGAGAGACAGAUUUACCUGCGCACGUUUAACCUGCUGUAGUUGAAUAUACACACUCAUAAACACACACAUUUACACAUCACUUACAUGUGCACACACAC